UAGUACUCCACUAAAGCAAAAUGGCGGCGCCCAGCAGCAACCUGGUGACGAGUGUUGGACGGGUGUUGCUGGAUACCAGUCUACCUUUACCAGCCCGAUUCCGUGCCCUGUUCACUCUUCGCAACCUUGGCGGACACGAGGCUGUGGAAUGGAUAGGGCGAGGCUUUGUCGAUAAGUCGGCGCUUCUAAAGCAUGAACUGGCCUACUGCUUGGGGCAAAUGGGAGAUCGAAGUGCACUGCCCGUAUUGAGCGCUGUGCUGAUGGAUGGUAGCCAGGAGCCCAUGGUGCGGCAUGAAGCAGGUGAAGCUUUGGGGGCUAUUGGAGAUCCAGAAGUUCUAGAGCUGCUGAAAGAGUAUAGCCGAGAUUCCGUCAUAGAGGUUGCAGAAACAUGUCAGCUUGCCAUUCAAAGGAUAGAAUGGUUUCAGAGGAAUCCGGAUGCACCUGAUGAUAACCCUUUCUUGUCAGUGGACCCUGCUCCUCCUUCUGAGGAAAGAGAUGUACCAUCUCUGCGUGCUAUUCUAUUAAAUGACAACUUGCCGCUAUUUGAACGAUAUCGUGCCAUGUUUGCUCUUCGAAAUAUUGGAGGAAAUGAGGCAGUUCUGGCAUUGACAGAUGGUCUACAGUGUGGCAGCCCUCUUUUCCGCCAUGAAAUCGGAUAUGUCUUGGGCCAGAUGCAGCAUAAAGCUGCAGUUCCAGGGCUUGCAGCAGCAUUGGAUCGAUUAGAAGAAAAUCCAAUGGUCCGGCAUGAGUGUGCUGAAGCUUUAGGAUCUAUCGCGCUUGAAGACUGUUUAAAAGCACUUAGGACACACAUUGGGGAUCAAGAACAGGUGGUUAGAGAGAGCUGUGAGGUUGCAUUGGAUAUGUACGAAUAUGAAAACAGUGGGGACUUUCAGUAUGCAAAUGGUCUCGGCCAAGUCCAGGAGAUGGCCUCCUAAUUUUCAAUAUUUAUAGAGGAUAGCUUUUGACUAGUCUUGCAGAAUGGAAAAGAGAACUUGAUUACAGUUUGCAGUUCAGAAUUAGUUGAUAAAAUUGAUCAUAUAUUGUGCUUUUAUUUUGGGGGGCAAUAGUAUACUGCAGCUAUACAAAUCUCUAUUGUGCAUAGAGAUUAAACAGUGUGAUGCAAUAGGCAUGGAAAGUAAAAUAACUCCAUAAUAGGGAAAGGUCUAUUUUUUUUCAGAUCAGUUAUGUUAAGAAAUCUAUAAUGUCUGUAAAACAUGUACAUGCUUAAAUACAAGACUGUCGUGUUUUA